UUGCAACUAUCCCUAAUUCACGUGGACCGUCAUGGAUCUAGGAGAUAAUUGGGCUGUCGUCUUUUACGGCGUGAACGAUUUGAGAUUGGAGCAACGUUCCAUUCCAAAACCCAGCGAUGAUGAGGUCUUGGUGAAGAUGCAUUCCGUUGGUAUUUGCGGAUCGGACGUGCACCAGAUAAAUAAUGGGUGCAUUGGGUUCUACGUUGUACGGCCGCCGAUGAUCUUGGGUCACGAAGGUUCCGGUACAGUGGUCGAAGUGGGCAAGAACGUCACUCAUCUCAAACACGGUGACCGUGUCGUCCUUGACAUCCUUCCAAGAUGCCAGAAAUGUACGUAUUGCCAAGCAGGGCGAUAUAACCUGUGCACCCACCCCACCCUUGGCCUUAAGACCCAAAGAGAAGGGUGCAUGGCGCGCUACUACGCCCAUCCCGCCAACUUUUGCUACAAGUUGCCCACCGAAAUGUCACUGGAAGAAGCAGCUGUAGUCGAACCAUUGGCAAUUGGGCUGUAUGCUUGCAGAAGGGGAAAUGUUCGCCCGGGCUCGGUCGUUCUAAUCAUAGGCGCCGGAUCCGUUGGGUUGCUUACACUGGCGACAUCUAAGGCUUGUGGAGCCACCAAGGUCAUCAUAACAGACGUCUCCCAAUGGAGGUUGGACAAGGCCAAAGAGCUUGGGGCGGAUUUCACUCUGAAAGUUGAACCUAAUGACCAAGAAGAUGGGAUUGUCCGAAGAAUUACGUCUCUCCUAGACGACCGGCCUACCGUCAGUUUUGACUGUGCAGGAUUUCAGUCCACGGCACGCGUCGCUGUUAAAGCAACGGCGAGUGGCGGUACCGUCGUGCUUGUUGGAAUAAGCGGAAGGAUCGACAUGGAACUUCCGGUCCGCGACAUUCUCACCAGAGAAGUCGACGUUCGCGGAUGUUACGCGUGCGUAAACGACUUUAAAACUGCCAUGGAAAUGGUUGCGACUGGAAAGGCCAACGUGAAGACGUUAGUUACGCAUCAUUACCAAAUGAGCGAUAUAACAAAAGCAUUCGAUGAGUUAAGGACAGGGAGAGCCAUUAAGGUUUUGAUACAUCCCAAUUAGUGCACCUCUGCGACCUGAUAAAGACAAGUUGUAAUAUGCAAUAAAGAAA